AUUACUCCCCGCCUCCCUCCCUUGUGGCAAGCUUCGGUGUUGCGCGUGCAUGGCACUGCUCGCUGUACCGUGGAUAGUGGUCGUCAAUACAGCUGGUCUGGGUUAGAAAAACUCUAGAUCAGACGGUGGUUCCAUCAAGGGAAUCACGCGGACCUUGUUGCUUUUCUUGUUUUUCCAAUUACAGUCUUUGUUUUCUGGAGGUUUUAUGGGGAAUUCUGAGCUAUGUGAUGGAGGACUGCUGGUACCUAUAAACCCUGAUUCUCCUCCAGGAAACAAUGUGAGCAGUUGGACUUAGAUGAGCAUCUCUUCGAGUAUCAUAAAGUUAUUUCUUUCUCAUCUUUCUUUCCUAUCUUGAUCUCGUCUCUCUCUCUCUCUCUCUCCCUCUCUCCCUCUCUCCCUGUCUCCUCUCUCCUCGCCCUAACUGUACAUAUACAUAUACAUAUCUCUACCCACCAUGCGCAGCGCGCUGUCUCGGUCGCCUUUGAUACGGCCUUCGCUAUGUCUAGCACGAUCAUCCUACACCAAAUCUCCAUAUGCAGUGCUUCAACCAGUUCCGAAGCUCAGCUACUCCUCCAAUAUCACCCCCACCAACCCCCCCCAUGACUCCAACCACAUUCAGUCUCGCCUACCGGAGCUAAAAGAAACCAUCCGCCCACCCCAUCGCUUCCGGGAAUUCGACCUGGAAGACCGGGUCUUCGUAGUCACAGGCGGAGCACGCGGACUGGGUCUCGCCAUGGCCGAAGCCCUAAUGGAAGCCGGUGCCAAAGUAUACUGCGUGGACCGCCUGGAAACCCCACACGCCGACUUCCUAGCCGCAAAGGAACACUCCGAAACCAACUACGGCGGCAGCAGCCUGCACUACCACCGGGUGGACGUGCGCAACGAACAAGAGGUAAAUGCGCUGUUCGGGCUCAUCGCGGCGCAAAACGCGCGCCUGGACGGGCUCAUCGCAGCGGCCGGGAUCAACCAUCUGCAGAGCGCGCUGGAACACUCGCAGACGGCGCUGAAGGAGGUCAUGGAGAUCAACUUCACGGGCGUCUUCAACGCGGCGACGGCGGCCGCGCGCCAGAUGUUCCAGUACCAGGCGAAGGGCUCGAUUCUUCUCGUGGCCAGCAUGUCCGGGGUGGUGGCCAACAAGGGCAUGACGAGCCCCGUGUACAACUCGAGCAAGGCGGCGGUGAUCCAGCUGGCGAGGUCGUUGGCGAUGGAGUGGGGGCGGCAUGGCAUUCGAGUGAAUAGUCUGUGUCCGGGGCAUAUCCUGACGCCUAUGGUGGAGCAGGUGUUUGCGCAGAAUCCCGCGGUGAGGGCGACCUGGGAGGCCGAGAAUAUGUUGGGGAGGUUGGCGACGCCGCAGGAGUUCCGGGGAGCUGCGUUGUUUGCGUUGAGUGAUGCGAGUAGCUUUAUGACGGGGAGUACGAUGUUGAUUGAUGGUGGGCAUACGGCGUGGUGAUCUCCUGACUGGUCUGGACCCAGGAUUUGGUAUUGUUUUAUUCUACUGUCUGG